GGAAGGGCUGGGACAUGGAGGCCCUCCCUCGCAGGUACCAUCGGCCUCAGGAUGUCGUACAUGCUUCCGCACUUGCACAAUGGCUGGCAGGUGGACCAGGCCAUCCUUUCGGAGGAGGACCGAGUGGUCGUCAUUCGGUUUGGACACGACUGGGACCCUACCUGUAUGAAAAUGGACGAGGUUCUCUACAGUAUAGCCGAAAAGGUUAAAAAUUUUGCAGUUAUUUAUCUUGUGGAUAUUACAGAAGUUCCUGACUUCAACAAAAUGUAUGAGUUAUACGAUCCGUGUACUGUCAUGUUUUUCUUCAGGAACAAGCACAUCAUGAUUGACCUGGGCACUGGUAACAACAACAAGAUCAACUGGGCCAUGGAGGACAAGCAGGAGAUGAUUGACAUCAUCGAGACCGUGUACCGAGGCGCCCGGAAAGGGCGUGGCCUGGUCGUGUCUCCAAAGGACUAUUCCACCAAGUACAGAUACUGAGCUCUCGUCCUUGUCUUGCUGCUGUGUGUGAAUGUCAUGGAGUCAUUUUCAUGUGGACAUAUUUUAAACGCUGUAAGGCCUUUGAGAAAGUGUUUGGGAAGGUACACGAAGCUCAGGGAGCUGGAGGGUCUUUGCAGUGAGAGGGUGCAGCCUCAGCUUUCGUUCUGCCUGGCCGUUGCCUUUUACAUUAGCAAAUAUCUGUCAAUAUCUGGCUUAGGUCAAUAAAAUACCUGGUGAUG